UUACACAGAACCUGAUUUAUACUCCUUCUAUUUCUUCUGUACAGCUUGUUGCAAAAAUGAGUACCUUGGAAGAUGUUUGGAGAAAAGAUCUGAAGAUGAUCCGUGGCUACCCCAUGAUCUAUGCUUUUGCACUCAAUUGGGAAGAGAUUGAAGAGUUCCAGAGCAGACCAGGUGACAUUGUAAUAACCACUUACCCUAAAUCAGGUACUACUUGGCUUAGUGAAAUUGUAGACAUGGUUCUCAAUCAUGGAGAUGUUGAAAAAUGUAAGCGAGAUGUUAUUACUUCUAAAGUUCCAAUGUUGGAGCUAAGCGUUCCUGGAGUAAGAAUAUCAGGUAUUGAACUCUUGAAGAAAACUCCAUCACCUCGGAUAAUAAAGACACAUCUUCCAAUUGAUCUACUCCCAAAAUCCUUCUGGGAGAACAAGUGCAAGAUGAUUUAUCUUGCUCGAAAUGGCAAGGAUGUUGCUGUCUCCUAUUAUCAUUUUGACCUAAUGAAUAAUAUUCAACCUUUUCCUGGCACCUGGGAAGAAUAUCUGGAGAAAUUCCUAGCUGGAAAUGUGGCCUAUGGUUCAUGGUUCGAUCAUGUUAAGAGUUGGUGGGAAAAGAGGGAAGGGCAUCCAUUACUUUACUUACACUAUGAAGACUUGAAACAGAACCCAAAGAAAGAAAUCAAGAAGAUUGCCAGUUUUCUAGACAAGACCUUGGAUGAAGAGACCUUGGACAGGAUUGUCCAUCACACCUCCUUUGAAAUGAUGAAGGAAAACCCCCUGGUUAAUUACACCCAUUUGCCAACAGUGAUGAUGGAUCACAGCAAGUCCCCUUUCAUGAGAAAAGGUAUUGUUGGGGACUGGAAAACUUACUUCACAAUGGCCCAAAAUGAGAAAUUUGAUGCUAUCUAUAAGAAGAAAAUGUCUGGAACAACACUUGAGUUCUGUACAGACAUUCAGAGUGCCUAAUCUGCAACUUGAAUAUAUAAUUUUUUGAAAUAGUAACUUGGCAGGUAAAUCAAAUAAAUUCAUGAGGGGAAAAAUAUGCUUUAAAAAUGCUGAUGAAAUAUAUCCUACACAUUACUUAGCAGGUAAUAUUACAAAUUAUUUAGAGCCAAGGUCUUUUGUUAUCUUAUUUUUCAAAGGGUAUGUCUUCAGAUUCCUUGAUUACUGAAUUGAAGAAAUACAUUUUGUGAUUUUUGAAAAAAAAAAAA